AUGGAGAGCGAGCCCGCGGCGCAAACAUCAAAUCAGACACGAACAGAUUCAUUGUCUUCAUCCCCUAAUCCUGCAUCACCUGUGCCUUUGAAUAACCCAACAAGUGCCCCAAGAUAUGGAACAGUGAUCCCUAAUCGCAUCUUCGUAGGAGGAAUUGACUUUAAGACAAAUGAAAAUGAUUUAAGAAAAUUUUUUUCUCAAUAUGGGUCUGUAAAAGAAGUGAAGAUUGUAAAUGACAGAGCUGGAGUGUCUAAAGGGUAUGGUUUCGUCACUUUUGAAACACAAGAAGAUGCACAAAAAAUUUUACAAGAGGCUGAAAAACUGAAUUAUAAGGAUAAGAAACUAAACAUUGGUCCAGCAAUAAGAAAACAACAAGUAGGGAUCCCUCGUUCCAGUAUAAUGCCAGCAGCUGGAACAAUGUACCUAACAACUUCAACUGGAUAUCCUUACACUUACCAUAAUGGUGUUGCUUAUUUUCAUACUCCAGAAGUAACUUCUGUCCCACCACCUUGGCCUUCACGUUCUAUAUCUAGUUCCCCUGUGAUGGUAACUCAGCCUGUUUAUCAGCAGUCUGCAUAUCACUACCAGGCCCCUGCACAGUGUCUACCAGGUCAGUGGCAGUGGAGUGUUCCUCAGUCUCCUGCCUCUUCUGCUCCGUUCCUAUAUCUACAGCCGUCUGAGGUUUUUUAUCAACCAGUGGAAAUUGCACAAGAUGGAGGAUGUGUUCCUCCUCCGCUGUCUCUGAUGGAAGCUUCCAUUCCAGAACCCUAUUCUGAUCAUGGAGUUCAAGGAACAUAUCACCAGGUUUAUGCUUCAAGUGCCAUUGCUAUGCCUGCACCUGUGAUGCAGCCUGAACCAAUUAAAGUAAGAAGUUUGUUUUGA